CACGGUAGCAAAAUGGCAUCAGGCAGUGGGUCUAAGAAUGAUUUUCGGCGCAAAUGGGACAAAGAUGAAUAUGAACAGCUGGCUGAUAAACGCCUUACGGAGGAGAGAGAGAAAAAAGAUGGCAAGCCUGUGCCUCCUGUCAAGCGGGAGCUCCUCCGCCACAGAGAUUAUAAAGUGGAUCUGGAGUCAAAACUGGGGAAAACUAUUGUCAUCACAAAGACCACACCCCAGGCUGAGAUGGGGGGAUACUACUGCAAUGUCUGUGAUUGUGUGGUAAAAGAUUCCAUAAACUUUUUGGAUCAUAUCAAUGGCAAAAAACAUCAGAGAAACCUGGGAAUGUCCAUGCGAGUAGAGCGCUCUUCAUUGGACCAAGUAAAAAAUCGUUUUGAAGUAAACAAGAAAAAGAUGGAGGAAAAGCAGAAGGAGUACGAUUUUGAGGAACGAAUAAAGGAGUUACGAGAGGAGGAGGAGAAAGCAAAAGCCUACAGAAAAGAGAAGCAGAAGGAAAAGAAAAGAAAGGCAGAAGAAGAGCUCAACUUUGAAGAUGAGGAUGAAAUGGCUGCUGUUAUGGGAUUCUCUGGGUUUGGAUCUUCCAAAAAAGGCCACUGAUCAAUUUCUCUUUCACCAAUGCUUUUGUUUACCAAUGCCUCAUCUGUAUUGGUAUCCCUGAACACCAGGUCCCAUGUCAUGUGCAAGAACGUUUACUAUUCUUUGACCAUACAGCUUGUUAAAUACUAUUGUUAAAUACUCCUCUUUCAGCUAGUGUAGUAAAACUCUAGUUGGCAAAUCCAUUUUUUGACCCUUGAUAAUAGAAUGUCAGGAAAAAAGCAGCGUUCACUCUUGAUUAUAAUUAGGUUGUUAUAAGGUAAUUGUUGUAAAUAAGCCUGCAUAACGCAUUUAAUCUUUUGUGAGUUAAGACUGAAGUAAACCUAUUACCCCUUAUGAAGAAUGGAACAGGAAACACUAAAGCAAUGCAACAUUUUUGGAAGACAAGAUCUGAAUACAUCUAUUCAGUGGCAGAUCUGGAGAAUAGGACAAAACUUUUUUUUUUUUUUUAUAAUUGUAUGGAUUGAAUUAUUUUGAGUUUAUUUUACAUUAAAGCUUUGUGUAACAACCUUUUCAGAGUUUCUCCCAAUAUUAAGUGUAUUUCCAGUACAAAACAAUAUAAACUAGAAAGAUUAGAUUUUUUUUAAAUCCUAAAUAACCACCUGAUGGUGCUGUUGUUUCCCAAAACCUUUGACAAACAAUUGCCAAAAUUAUAUUUAGCAUUGGUCAAAUCAAAACUGUAUUAAAUAUUUAAACUGUUAGCCACAUUGUUCAGCCCCAAACAUUUGUAUCAUCAGUCUGUGGUUAAAUAAUUCUAAUGAAUUACAUGUAACAUAAUCAAAUAUGUAUUCUACACACUCAUGCUAAUUUUUGGAAUAAGGGUUUCCAGAAUUCCAGACAUUCUAAACUUGGCUGAUUUGAUCCAUAAAAACCCAACAACUGUCUGUUAGUGUAUAUAUCCAUGUGUCGG